UGAUCGAGCGGUUCAAGAACGGCAAGAAGAUUCACCGCAAGUACGUCUUCCAAAUAAUCAAGGCCGUGAAGGACAUCGUCUACGCUGAGCCGACGAUGGUGGAGGUCGGCGUCGAGGAGGGCACCCGCUUGACGGUCUGUGGUGAUACGCACGGUAGGGACCUAGCGCGCUGUUGUUUUCUGGUUUUCUGGUGAAGACUGAUUGUGGGACAGGACAAUACUUCGACCUGCUUGAGAUCUUCCGAUUGAACGGCUACCCGAGCGAGACGAAUGCUUAUCUCUUCAACGGUGACUUUGUGGAUCGGGGAUCGUGGUCGACUGAGAUUGCUCUGCUUCUCUACGCGUACAAGUGGCUGAGACCCAACCGCAUCUUCUUGAACCGUGGCAACCACGAGACGGACGACAUGAAUAAGGUGUACGGUUUUGAGGGCGAGUGCAAGGCUAAGUACAACGAGACCACCUUCAAGGUCUUCUCGGAGUCCUUCUCCGCUCUGCCCUUGGCCACGUUGAUCGGUAACAAGUACCUUGUUCUCCACGGUGGUCUCUUCUCCGACGACAACACUACCCUCGAUGAUAUCCGCAAGUUGAACCGCCACAACCAGCGCCAGCCGGGCCAGCAGGGGUUGAUGAUGGAGAUGCUCUGGACCGACCCGCAGACCCAACCUGGUCGUGGACCCAGCAAGCGCGGUGUUGGUCUUCAAUUCGGACCCGACGUCACCAAGCGCUUCUGUGAGAAGAACGGACUGGAGGCGAUCAUCCGAUCGCACGAGGUUCGCAUGGAGGGUUACGAGGUUGAGCAUGACGGUCGCUGCAUCACGGUGUUCUCGGCGCCCAAGUACUGCGAUUCCACCGAGAACAAGGGCGCUUUCAUCAAGAUUGGGCCUGAGCUCAAGCUUGAGUACCAGGUCUUCGAGGCAGUUCCCCACCCUGACAUCAAGCCGAUGGCCUACGCACAAAGCUCCCUCAUGUCUAUGAUGUGAGCCCCAUUCUGACUUGGAAUGAUGAACGCAGGGAAAGCCUCGCGGCUUGGAGGCGAAGUUCCGAAUACAUAGACGAGUAUUCGAGUGGAUUGCCUCAGGACCCACAGUACGAGGGCGAUGUAUCUAUUGAAUGAUUUUUGAUUGAUGACGACCUUGAGGACCAUUUUGUU